CAACAUUUUCUGCAUUUUAUAUGUUUAUAAAAGAAACUAUUCCUUAAAACGAUUAGCUCUCUUAGUUCUGUGGCAGUACAGGCAGUAGCUUCUUGAGUGUAUGCACGGUCACGGGUUGUUCACUAAUGACUCGUCUGUGAUAUUAAGCCACGCAUUGACCAAUCUUCUGCCCUACCCAGGUCACACAAUUAAUAUUAGGCAGAUUAAGGUCAUUUGAUUAAACUUAACAGGUAAUGAUGUGGCCAUGUCAUACUUUCAAAGGUAAGUAAGGGUAUAUAAAGAGACAUCUCAAGGAUUUAGGAGGAACAUCAUCUGCUACUGAACCACACUGUCAUUGUCUACCAGCCUUGAGAAUCUCUGCCACACAGAUGUCUGGAAUGCUCUUCUCAGGCAUCUGCCUGCUGUGCCUGCUCUCUGUCUGCUCGGCCUGCUACAUCUCCAACUGCCCCAUUGGUGGCAAAAGAGCGGUACAGGAUUUCUCCCCUCGACAGUGUAUGGCAUGCGGUCCUGGAGAUAGGGGCCGGUGUUUCGGGCCUAAUAUCUGCUGUGGUGAGGGAAUAGGCUGUGUUCUGGGGGCUCCGGAUUCCCUGCGCUGUUUGGAGGAGGACUACCUGCCCUCUCCGUGUGAAGCUGGAGGGAAACCUUGUGGCCCAGCGGCCGGUCGCUGUGCUGCCCCAGGAGUCUGCUGUGACUCAGAUGGCUGCAGCAUUGAUCAGUCGUGUUUGGACGGGGAAGGUGACGUCAACACCAUCGCCCAGCCGGUCAGCAGCAAAGACCUCCUUCUGAAACUCCUUCACUGGACGAACUACGCCCAGCCCUACAGGCCCUACCAAUGAGAGCUCCAACCACGAUGACAUCACCUUAGGAGAAUCAAAUACCAGCCAUGAUGACUGCGAAGGACCAUAGUCUACCUGUGUACAUAGGUUUUUGUAAAGUUAAGAAAAAGCUAGAUGCAAAAAUGUGAUCUGAAAUGUAUAUGCUCAUGUAAUUUACUUUUCUGCAACAAUUAAAGACUGAUCAUUUGUGUGCUUUGCAGCCUA